AUGCUUCGCUGCCUUUUGUCACCUUUUUGCUUUGACGCUGUCUUUGACGACAGUUAUACGGUGCAGAACAAUGCCUCGGCGAAGUACCAGUUCAUGCUGCUAUUGGGUUCGAAUUGCUUGAGCGUCUUUACUAUCGUUUCUUUGUCAAUGCCAUUUUUGAGCCGAAACUUGUUCGGCGUUUGGGACAUGGCAGGCGAAGAAGAUUUGUCUGUCAUCAUCAUAUUGGCUGGUCCCACUACUCUUGGCUUUGUCGCGGCGUGCAUCUGCAUCUUUCUUUACUGCCGGCGCCAGUCAAGUUCCGCCGCUGACAAUUUCACACUGCAUAGGUGGCUGACGCCGGGGAUGUAG